AUAUAAGAAUUUGGUGUCUGUUGGAGCAAGAGGUUUUUUUUAAUGACCUUUUUUUUUUUAACCGCAGUGUCAACUACGUCACCUCAAAUAGUAAAAAAUUGACGUGUCCUUUCCAUAUAAGGAGUGGCAGGUAAGCCCAAAUAUGGAAUUUCCGCUGGUUGGGUGGAAAACAGGCGGGGCGCCCACUUUGUUAUUAUCCAGCAAGUGAAAGUCGUUUGGAGUCAGAUAGUCGCCAAAACUAAGGGAGCAAGUGACGUUGAAGUUCAAUUUGAUUUCAUUGGGUUUCUGUACUCUAUUGAAUUGACUUAACUUUUUUUUAAUCAUGACGUCGGUCGGCGAGCCUUUGGAAAUAAACAGCUCCGAGUUGGUUCGACUCCUCAGGGAACGCACCUCCGCCGGCUGCGUUGUUCUGGACUGCAGAGCCUUCCUGGACUUCUCCGUGGCGCACAUCAGCGAGUCCCGGAACGUCAACUGGAACUCGAUGCUGCGCCGCAGGUCAAAGGGCUCCGAGGUGGCGCUGGACUGGCUCAUCCCGGACAAGGCGCUACUGGGCCGCCUGAGGAGGCGCGGGGAGUCACCGCCGCCGCCGGUAAUCGUGGUUGUGGUGGACGAGCGCAGCCGCUCGGUGGAGCAGCUCAAGGAGGAGAGCGUGGCUCAGAUGUUGCUCUCCGCCCUGCGGAACGAGAUCCGAACACAAAUUUGCUUCCUCCAAGGUGGAUUUGAAGGAUUUUCCGAGGCCUUCCCGGAACUCUGCUACAGAAAAACGCUAAGUGCAGAGGAACCAGUGCCAAAAGGAAGCUCAGGCCGGAGCACCCCUACAUAUGAUCAGGAUGGUCCUGUAGAACUGUUGCCCUUUCUGUUUUUGGGCAGCGCCAUCCACUCAUCUCGCCGGGAGAUCCUCACAUCAGCUGGCAUAACAGCUGUGCUCAACGUGUCCUCUUCAUGCCCCAACUUCUUUGAAGGGGAGUUCCAGUACUUGCGCCUCACCGUGGAGGAUAACCUGGCCGCGGACAUCCGAGCUUGCUUCUCCACGGCAAUCUCUUUUAUUGAUGAGGUGAAUAGGAGCGGGGGCCGAGUGUUGGUGCACUGCCAUGCAGGGAUAUCUCGUUCGGCCACCAUCUGCCUGGCAUACCUCAUGCACGCCCAACGGGUGAGACUGGAUGAGGCUUUCGACUUUGUGAAACGGCGCCGUCGGGUCAUUUCUCCCAACCUGACCUUCAUGGGACAGCUUCUGCAGUUCGAAACGGACGUGCUGUAUCAAGGCUGACGUCAUUCGGGGCGUCCCAAAAGUCUCAGUUCGGGCACGAAAGAAGGAAGACGAUUUCAACGCAACAUUUUGGACUUGUAUUUUUUUGUGGCUUGCAAAAACACGGUGGUGCUGGCACCAUUGAUUACAAUCGUUGUAAAUAACUUAUUUUUUUAAUUUUAUUUAUUUCUACAGUAUGUGAUGGGAUGCUUUGUUGACAUGCCUGGCAGGCAAUACAAUUUAUUCAGAAAAAUGGCUGCUGGUGUAGUUUUUUAGUCAAAUAAAAAAGAAGGUGCUGGAGAACAUUAACUCUGUCUUGUUUUCAUUCCAUGCACAUAGCUAGUAUUCCAGUAGGAAUUGUAGCUCCCGUUACAUUUAAUUCAGUAACUUACUGAGAAAAAUGUACUUCUAAGAGUAUUACCAGGACAUUUCUUUUUUUUAAUUUUUUUUUUUUACUUUUUAUAGUAGAUUUAUAAAGAAGAGACGGUAAUUUGACGCCGCUACUUUUGGGCUACACUGGAACAAUUAUUCUUUUGUCUGCCCACUAGGGUGACCAAACGUCCUCGUUUCAUGUCAUGUCCUCGUCGUCCGGUCGGGUUUUAUGAAUUCAUGAAAAUGUCCGGUUUUUAUGAUUUUUCACGGGUAGAGAUGUCCCGAUCGACGAUCGGCUCCGAUCACGUCAUUUUCAAAGUAUCGGAAUCGGCAAAAAAAUAUUGGACAUGCCUUUUUUAAAUAUAUUUAUAUUUUUUAAUUAAACCAUUUUCUUUUAAGCCUAGUAAGUAGGUAAAGUACC